AUGGAACUUUCUCGUCUCUCACUUUCCGACAACCACUUCUUCUUAUCCUCACCAAUCCACCGUUCUCCCCGGACUCGCCCACUCCCCGCGUUGCCCGCAUUCUUCACUACCCGCCGCCGCCGGAGAGGUUUAUGCUCCGCCUCAAAUUCCGACACUCUAGUCGCCGCUGCCGCCAAGAAACACGGAGACGAUGACACUGACUUGAAGACGUGGAUGCAUAAGAAUGGCCUCCCUCCCUGUAAGGUUGUUCUCAAGGAUAAACCCUCGCUUGAUGAUAGUCUUAAGCCUAUUCACUAUGUUGCUGCUAGCGAAGAUCUUCAGAAGGGGGAUGUUGCAUUCUCGAUUCCAAGUUCGUUGGUUGUCACUCUCGAGCGUGUCUUGGGAAACGAGACUAUUGCUGAGCUAUUGACGACAAACAAGUUUUCCGAAUUGGCAUGCUUGGCCUUGUAUCUGAUGGGACAACUGGCAGUGGAAUCACCUCUUCUAUGGUCCGAAUCUGAGCUGGCAUACCUUGAAGGAAGCCCAUUGAAGGAUGAAAUUGUUAAAAGGAUUGAAGAAAUAAGAAAAGAGUAUAAUGAACUAGACUUAGUCUGGUUUAUGUCUGGUUCGCUGUUUCAGCAAUACCCAUACGACAUUCCUACCGAGGCUUUUCCAUUUGAAAUUUUCAAACAAGCUUUCGCAGCAGUUCAGUCAUGUGUUGUGCAUUUACAGAAUGUUAGUUUAGCUCGGAGAUUUGCUCCUGCCGGUGACCCAAUUGUUGUGUGGUGUGGCCCACAACCUAACACAAAGUUGCUUACAAACUAUGGUUUUGUUGACGAUGACAAUCCAAUGAUCGCGGCUUUGAGUACCGAAGAUCCACAAUAUCAAGAAAAAAGAAUGGUUGCUCAAAGAAAUGGAAAAUUAUCAAUUCAAACUUUUAAUGUGUAUACUGGGAAGGAAAGGGAAGCUGUCUUAGAUAUGAUUCCAUAUCUGCGUUUAGGCUAUGUUUCAGAUCCUUCUGAGAUGCAAUCUGUCAUCUCCUCUGAAGGCCCAGUUUGUCCUAUGAGUCCAUGUAUGGAGCGGGCCGUGCUGGACCAGCUUGCUGAUUAUUUCAAUUCCCGGUUGGCUGCCUACCCUACAACCUUGGCUGAAGAUGAAUCCAUGCUGGCAGAUGUUAGUUUGAAUCCAAAGAGGCGAGUUGCUACUCAACUUGUAAGGCUAGAAAGAAAACGCUUCAUGCAUGUUUGCAGGCAAUCACGGAUUUCAUAA